AUGAAUCAAGGGGGAGGACCUCAUCAAGCCCAUAAUCAAUAUCCCCCUGGAUUUCAUCAUCCUGUUCAUCAUCAUAGUUGCCAAGCACCGCCAGCACUAGCAUACCAACCCCCUACUCAAGCCCAAGCCUCUUCUUCACAAUCCACGUUAGAGGACACUCUCAAGGCCUUCAUGCAGCUUACAGGCCAGUCCAUCAAUGAAGUGAAGAAUGCUACCAUGGUGAACACCCAAGCGAUUGCCAAGAUAGAGGUUCAAAUUGUUCAAAUCGUAAAUCACUUGGAUGAGAGAGAGAAGGGAAAGCUUCCUAGCCAGCCCGUGCCCAAUCCAAAGUUACAAUGUACUAGUGAAAGUUCUUAUGCACACAGGCAGGAGCAUGUACAAGCUAUUGUCACACUAAGGUCUGGGAGACAAGUGGACAACCAAGUGGUUCUUCAUGAAGAGAACCCUGCUAAGCCUCAUGGGCGAGAUAGUGGCAACAAUGAGGAGACAGAAGAGGAGCCAUCUAAAGCCACACCCAUUGUUGAUGAUCCUCCUAGGUCAUUAUUGCCUCAAGCGCCAUACCCAGAAAGAUUACUAGCGCCAAAGAAGGGAGGGAAGUUUGAGGACAUUCUGGAGGUUAAGAGGAUAACCAAUGUCCCGAAGAGAGUUUGUCUGACCGAGCAGGUUAGCUCAAUCCUUCAAUGCAAGAUGCCAUUAAAGUACAAGGACCCUGGGUGUCCUACUAUCUCUUGCAUGAUAGGACUCAGCCAAAUUGAAAGGGCUUUAUUAGAUCUUGGAGCAAGUGUGAAUCUCUUACCCUAUUCGGUUUAUCUGCAAUUGGGGUUAGGGGAAUUAAAGCCUACAUCCAUGACAAUUCAAUUGGCUAACAGGUCGGUGAAAAGACCACGAGGAAUCAUUGAGGAUGUUUUGGUAAAAGUGGACAAAUUUUAUUUUCCCGUGGAUUUUGUUGUGCUUGAUACAGAACCGGUUCAGAAUAUUGGGAUUCAAAUACCAAUAAUUCUAGGGCGACCAUUCUUAGCUAUGGCUAAUGCCCUGAUUAAUUGUAGGACAGGGGUAAUGAAGAUCUCUUUUGGCAACAUGACAGUGGAGCUGAAUAUCUUUGAUAUCAGGAAUCAGCCGUUAAAGUAUGAUGAGAUCGAAAGUGUAUGUUUGAUUGAGGAGAUCAAGGAGGACAUUGAAGAUAAAUCAAGCAUUAAGGACCCUCUGGAGGCAUGUCUUGUUCAAUUUGGAGAGGAUUUGAAUUUAGAUAAGUUACUUGAGCAAGCUGAUGUCCUUUUGGAGUCUACUCCUCUGGACCUCUUAGAGGCAUGCUUCGCUCAAUCUGGAAAAGAUUUGGAUAAGUUACUUGAGCAAGCUGAUGCCAUUUUGGAGUCUGCUCCUCUGGUGAGCAGUGAGAAUGAAAAGGCAGCAAUACAUGAGCCUCCCAAGAAGGGACUUACACCUCUACAAGACAUUGUUAAGUAUAAGUUCCUAGGUCCAGAAGAUGUUUUACCAGUGAGUAACGCUUUGGAUUUGCUUGAUGCUCCAGUGGAAAAGUUACCAGAUGUUUUAAGAGAGCACAUGAAAGAUAACGGCUGGACUAUUGAUGAUAGCAAGUGGCUGAGCCCGAUUCAUGACAUGCCUAAGCGGGCUGGUUUGACUGUAGUAGAAAACAAGGAUGACGAGUUUGUGCCAACUCGUAUUCAAUCAGGAUGGAGAACACGGAAAGACUACCGCAAAGUGCAUGUCGCCAAGAGGAAGGCUUAUUUUUCACACCCAUUCAUUGAUCCAAUGCUAUGA